UUUUAUCACAAUCUUUGAUAUAUAUAUUCAUAUAUAAUAAAAUAUGGCUUCUAAACUCUUUACGUCAAGAAUCUUUAUUUUAUUAUUACUGCUGACAAUCUUUUUGAUCCCAACUAUUUAUGCACAAGAACACACUCAUGAAGGAAAUAAUACAGUGCAUCAUCCAGCUGAUGACCAUGAUCAUACUCAUGAAGCUGCUACCUUAGUUCCCUCUAACAAUGCGACUACCAUGAUAGAAAAUGAGCACGAUCAUGAGCACGAUCAUGAACAUGACCAUGAACACGACCAUGCACACGACCAUGAACACGAUCAUGAACACACUCUUGAAAACACUCUUGAACAUAAUCAUGUAGGUGAAGCAGCCUCAGCUGAAGAAGGCGGGCAUGGUGGGCAUAGCCAUUCACAUGGGUUAAGCUGUGAAGUAGAGCCAAUUAAUGGUUAUAAUAUGCCUUUAAGAAUUGGUUCCGUAUUUAUUAUUAUGGGUACUUCUGCUGUUGGUAUUUUCGCUCCUAUCCUUCUCUAUCGUGUAAGCCCUUAUCAAGAGGGAUCUAUCCGUGAUUGGACAUUGACAGCUGGUAAAUUCUUUGGCACAGGUGUGAUUAUUGCUACUGCAUUUAUCCAUAUGCUUCCUGAAGCACUUGAGCGUUUUGAUUCUGAAUGUAUUGGUGAAGGCUGGCACUCUUAUCAUGCAUUUGGUGGAGUGUUUUGUAUGCUUGCUUCCUUCUUCCUUCAAAUUGUCGAAUUAGCAGCUAUCUCUAACUUGGAUGCUAUUGCAAGAAAGAACGCAGAGAAUGCCAAGAUCAUGGCAGUUAGCCAUACGAGUACGAUGAAGGGGACCCAUGCUGAAGAAUUAGCAGACCAUACAUUGAACGAGAAGCAUCUUGCUAUGUCCCCUCAAAGUGAACUUAGCCACGUUGAAAAGAACCCUUAUGAACAUAAUCAUUUAGGUAUCAACGAGGAUGGUCACGUUCAUUCUGCUGGUUUCCUUGAACAUGAACAAUCCAUUCGUAACAUUGGUACCUUCAUUUUAGAAUUUGGUAUUGUGAUGCAUUCAAUCAUCAUCGGCAUCACUCUUGGAACAUCCGAUAAUAGCUCCUUUAUAACAUUACUGGUCGCCUUGGUCUUCCAUCAAUUCUUUGAAGGGAUCGCAUUGGGCACACGUGUCAACGAUCUUAAAUGCAAAAGUUGGAAGAAACCUGUGUUGAUGGGUAUCGUCUUCAUCUGUAUGACGCCUAUAGGUGUUGCUAUCGGUAUCGCUAUUCGUUCCUCUAUUAACCCCCCUGCUGCUAUCUUGGCUCAAGCUAUCUUGGAUUCUCUUUCGGCUGGUAUCCUAUUAUACAGCGCCUAUGUCUCUCUCAUGAGUAUUGAAAUCAAUCAUAAUAUUGGCUUCCGUAGAUCAUCUUUAACUCGUAAGAUUUUCUGCUUUAUGUGUAUGUAUAUCGGUGCUGCCCUUAUGUCUGUCCUUGGUAUUUGGGCAUAAUUAAAUACAAUACAAUAUUGUAACCAUAUAUUAUAUAUAUAUGCUAUAUCUUCACAUACAUUACUAUAUCAUUGUUAUUAUACUACGAGUUAUUUAUUUAUAUAUAUGUAUACAUGUAUAUAUUUAUAUAUAUUUUUUUUUCUUCUUUCUUUUUGUCUAUUAUGUAUAUUGACUUAACACAUAGAAUUUGAACAUUAUGUAUUACUACUCUACUAUCAUUAUACUGCAUCACUACCAUUUACAUUUUAUGUUUAUAAUAAAAUUAAUUUUUCUUUUAUAAAAUAUGUAUUUAUUUACAAUGUUAUUUUUUUUUUUUUUUUUUUUUUUUUUUUUUUUUUU